ACUAAAACAUAAAUAAAAAACUUAAGCGUGGGAAAAGAAAAUUCCUCGUCUUUCUCACUUGCUGUGUGUUUCUUGUUGUUCCGCCAUCUCACCACUAGAUGUCCUCACAGCCCUGACCGCAGCCUGUCAGCCUCACCUGAGCGCGCGUCCAGCCUCCUCCAGGUGGGAGCUGCAGGUCCGCGGAGACGCAACUUGUGUUCAUUUCCCCCCACUGUGGUCCACCGGAGCGUCCGCACACAAACAGCACCGACAGCGGAGAAGACACUUUCUCUGACAGCCAACAAAGGGAUCUGCACCCGCGGUUACAAACAUCCAGACUCCAGUCGCUUCCUGAAGUGCUUUUUUUUCACGGAAAUGAUUCACCUGAAGUUUUCCUUCGGACGGUGAAAGUUUGGAGUUGGUGAGGAAGGGCGCAGCAGGGAGACGCUUCAAAUGGAGAGAGGCUGAAUCAACCCAUCCGGAUCAGAAAAGUUCAACAAGGGUGUCUCUCCAGUGUGAGGUGGUAUGUCAAACCGUGACUCACUGGGAUUUGGGGACCUGAUUCCCCAGGAUGUGGUUGACAUUUUUGCCCACGAGAAGCACGGCAAAAGGGGCCGGAAGAAGCGCAGUCACUCCCUGGGCCGGGCUUUGGGCUGGCUGAAGGGCAAGAAGAGGAAGGAGCUCGGUGCCAAGGGGCAGAGCCCUGGUCUAGGUCCUGCACUUGACUUGGCCUUGGAUAGGCACCCUGCUGCUGGACAUCAGGGUGGACACAAAGGAGGACAGAAGUCACAAGGUAACAGUCAUGCUGUCCCAAAGCGAGAUGACGAUGACAAAACCCCAGCACCCCCUUUGUUCCAGGAGAACGUGUUCAUUGAGGCCAGCAGGCCCAAGUACCUGGAGAACCUUCAUACUGAGGCCCUGGAGGGAUUGAAAAUGAUGCAGCAAGAAGAAACCAAUAAUGGAGUGGAGUACCAGGAUAAUGAAAGCACAAUUUCGAAUAUGACAGUCAACACAGACGGAGAAGGUGGAGGGUUUAUGACAGACAGUACCAUUGCUGACACAACUUCUGUUGUCUCUGUACAAUCGUCUGUGUCCACCAGAUCUUCCCGCUCUGGACUCACCAGGCAAGGAUCUACAUUCAGGCCCUUGAACUCUGGGAAAAAGUCAGAAAAGGCCAAGACAAGGAGAAGACACAGGAAGACUGUUGUGGGUAUCCCACAACAUGUUCAGAGAGAACUGGGCCUGGACAGAGUGGGUUGGUCAGUGACUCAGAGGUUAGAUGAGGAACAGCUUUAUAAUGGUGAAACUGACGACAGCUGCGCUGAUGGACCAGAGCAGUCACAAAAAGGAGCCAGUGCCAACCUUCAAAACAUGAUCCAGCCCCUCAACAAAGACCAACUCAAGAAGCUCGGUGCCACCCAUGCUGGUCAUAGGGAUGACCUGGCCCUGCUGCACCGCCUGGGCCCCGGCUUCUCAGGUGAGCAGAGGCCUCGGUCCCUGGCUGUCCCCUGGAUGACCACUGCCAACAGCCUCCAGCAGGAGCCGCCCAGCCCUGUCAUGUCCAUGUCACCACAGGCCGCCUACAUGUCCAAAAUCAUUCCCAAUGCGGUGUUGCCACCCUCCAUUGAUGUUGUGGAAAUCAGCCGUGGACGGAGUCGCAACAGUGUACGCACUGUCAGCAAGAGCAGUCUGUUGCUGUCAAGCCCAGCCCCCUCCCGUGCUUCCUCUAGAGCCUCUUCCUCCAGAACCACUUCCUCCAAAGCCUCCACCAUCUCCUCUGCCUCUCGCCACAACCCUCCCAACCUGUCAGACAGCUCUUGUUGGAGCAACUCUGAGUCCUCAGAGACCUUGGUAUCUGACUCCUCAACCAUCUCCAGCAGCAGCACCCCCAGACAAAGGUCACAGGACAGAGAUGCCUCUUCAAAAGAAGACAAAAACAGUGUUCACUCCUCCAUCAGCAAGGCUUCAAAAUGCACCUCCAAUGGCAAGCUCGUUGUUAAGGGAGACGAGGUUAAGAAAGAGGGCCCAUUUGUGCGUAGCCUCUCUGUCAUGAAGCCAAAGAGGGCUCCUCCUCCUCCAAGUCGCUCCUACUCCCUUCACAAUAAGAUGAAGCGCCGAUCACGUGAUCUGGCAGAGGUGAGGAUCAUUUCAGGGGAAUCUUCUCUCCAUAGCAUCUCAGCCUCAGGUGAGGAAAAUGAAAAAAACUAUUCUGGAUCUUGUCCGACCCCCUCCAGAAUCAUAGACAGCCCUGGAUACAACGCUGACACAAGUUCUCUGGAUGAGUCUAUAGGUUCUGUGUCAGUAAGUCCCUUCAGAUCCCAGCUGCAGGCCCGAAAGGCAGAGAAAGCUGCAAAACUUGAGGAAACUGCUUCCAAAGAUGCUUCAAAAGAGAAGCAGGAACUACUGCAGGAGAAUAAGCCAAGCAAAAUAGUCUCCCCAUCCAGUGGCUACUCCAGCCAAGAUGGCAGGUCUGCACAGCUUUCUAAACAGCCCCACAGCUCAUCUCCAAGAAACAAAAGAGGCCUCUUAGCUAAGCUUCAAAAGUUUUUCCCUGGGCCCAAUGCUGUUGCUUCAACUCAAGCCCCUCCAACACAGUCAGAUGCUCCGAAGGAUCUAAAAGCUGACACCCCAGUCAACACUGCCAGUAUCAGCCCUUCAGUAAGGACCUUGAGAGAGCUCUUUAACAUCCCUCCACCACCUAAAGUCCAUGCACCUCCACCACCUCCUCCGGAGGUAUGGGCUCACAGCAAGCGUACCUUUGAGUUGCUACUGGGACCCCCGGCACCUGAUAAUGUUUAUGCCAUCAUAAAGAAGAAUCCAAAGGACAGGAGACAACAGAGGAAGUCUCCUUCUGCAUCUACAGAGGGGUCUGUGACGAGCUUGGUGAUAGAAAGAAAACACAAGAAUCCGACUGUAAUAGUGGAGUCUGUUAAUGGAUCCGUACAUGUUCUAGAGACAAAGAAAGUUCAAGAUAGUGAGAUUUUGAAUGCAGAGAUUCACAAAGAGAACAAUGACAGACUGGAAGAGCAGAAUGUUGAUGUCAAAGGAAAUAGAAAAGUGUCAGAAAAAGAUGAGAAAGUAAGAGUAUGUGAUAUAUUAAAUGGGAUGUUAGUGAAGGCGGUAGAGAGACGUGAAGAAAGGCUGGCGGCAGUGAAAGAAGGAGGUAAAAACACCUGCACACAAGAUACAGAGGUGAAGACUAACAAGGAUACGUUAUCUGCCAUUUCAUUAGUACGCAUUCCUCUAUCUCCCUCUGCUCCUCCAGUACACAAUCCUCCCCAACCCCCCACCAAACAGACCACAGAGUUGUCUUCAGUCGCAUCAGUACAAGUCGUUGUAUCCCCCGAGUCGUCCUGGCCCCCACCACCUCCACCAAUGGGCCUCGGUGGGCCUGAUGAGAUUGAUUUCCCUCUCCCGCCUCCCCCAAUGUUUGGUGAGGAGGGUUUACUUAUACCUGUUCAGAUGCCACCAGAGAGGUCCAUUCCUGGUGGUGACUCCUCUUGUACAACUAAAUCUUCUUUAUCAGUGGUGAAAACAGAAUGUGCUAAGGUGACCACAGAGGCUGAACCACAGAAGCACAGUACAUCCAAGGAGAUUUUACCACCACCCCUGAAUAUCCCACCCCCCCCAUCAUAUACGGCUCCCCCUCCACCACUUGAAGCAGUCUCCCCUCCUACAAUUAAAAAGGUAUCUCCUUCAAUGCCUCUGCCACCACCUAAAGAGUUUUCUUCACUGCCACCUAAAGAGGUUUCUCCUCCGCCACCUAAAGAGGUUUCUCCUCCAUCACCUGAAGAAGUUUCUCCUCCACCACCUGAAGAAGUUUCUCCUCCACCACCUAAAGAGGUUUCUCAUGUAAAGCCCAAAGAGUCCUCUCCUCCUCCGAGUCAAGAAGCCCCCUCUACACUUGUUAAAGACGUCUCCUCCACACUGGUCCCAGUACCAGUUAAAGAUGUCCCAGUACCAGUUAAAGAGGUCCCAGUACCAGUUAAGGAGGUCUCCCCUCCACUGGUUAUCAAAGUCUCCCCUCUACCUUGUCAAGAGGUCUCCACUCUGUCCACUAAAGAGGUUUCUCCUCCAUCUUCUCAGAGGAAUGCCCAUCAAUCUUCUGAAGAGGCCCCACCUGUUAGCAAGCUCACUCCGCCACAAAGUAUUCCACCUCCACCACCUCUACCGUCACAACCCCAGUCGUCAGAGCAGGAGAUUGAUCUUCCACAAGAGAACGUCCCAUCCGAAUCUAAAACUAUCCCGGUUUCAUCUAACAGUAUUCUCGCUCCCCCUCAGAGUAUUCCACCACCCCCACCCAUACAGCCUCUCCACCAACCACCAAUUGUACCCCCAAAUACUGAUGGUUCAGCAACCAAGGAGGCCUCAAAUUCACCACCAUCUGAAGUCUCUAUCCCACCAGCACUUGAAAACUCUCUGUCAACAGAAAAGGCUCAAGAACAUGCUCCUUCCCCACCUGUAAACAUUCCUUUACCUCCACCUUUACCUGUACAGGGUCUUGCAAGCAUUAAAUACCAGCCAAGUCCUCUGAGCACAGAAAACCAAACCCCGGAGCUGACCCCUGUCCCUGUUUUACAGGACGAACCCAUUCCCAUUGUCACCCCCUCCCUUCUGCAGAUGGUCAAGCUGCGGUCCAUCAAUAGCAGCCCCGAGCCUCCUAAAGCUGAGGAGGAACCGGAGGCUGAGGUCACACUGAGGAAUCGGCCGCCCAGUCAUGAGGUUCCAACCUUGUCUGCCAGUGGUGAGGCUCCUCAGAAGCCCAUCAGAAAGUCUCUAAUCAUGACCUCUCCCACAUCCACUUCCCCACCUGCCAUAGUUAUUUCACAACCAGCUCUGCCCAAGUCCCAGUCUCUUGUGAUUCCACCUGGGUCUCAAUCCACAGUACUGUCUCCUACGAAAAAGUCUCCUCCUGCCAUGACUGCCUCUCCUUCCAUGAACCUUCAGGAGGCCAUCCGCCUCAGGACAGCAGCUAGAUCAAAAGGCGGCCCUGCGUCUCGUCUCAGCUUGCACUCACCAACAUCACCAAUAGACCUCCAUAAGUCCCCUUCCAGCACAGCAAGCUUUAUCUUCUCCAAAAGCAACAAGAAUGUGGUGAUUGAGACCAAGCCGGAACCGGAGACCAAGACAACCAUACAGAAGAACCUGGAGGUUUCCUCUGUAACAAAUGUGGUGAGUGAAGCAGAGUCGGUGAAGAAGGGAGUCAAGGUGCCACCCCCUGUUGCAAAGAAACCCAAAACGAAGGGAAAAGAGAUUGAGACCAGUGAAGGGACGGAGAGUACUGCAGGACAUGAAGCACUGCAAGAGAGUAUCAAGGAUGCAGCGGAGAAAACAAAUGCGACAGCAGGUACUGUUGAAAGAGAAGAAACGCCAUCGACAUGAUUGUAAAGACUGAAGGAGACCUGGGAAGGACAUUAAUUACACUGAAUCUGAAUCUUCUGUUGGUCUUUGUGUUUGAGAGACAAGGAACUUGAUUUGGAUAGAUGAGAUACAUAUUUAAAAUUUGCAUUUAGAAAAUUUAUGUUAAUGGUGUAGGUCUUAAUUUUCUUAAGUACUCAUUUUGCAUUUUAGAGUAAAUACAGUAUAUUUUGUUAUGCCAGAGGGUCUUCUGAGCUUUACAGUUGCUAGAGAUGGGAAUAUACUGCCCUCUAGUGUCAAACAAUGAUUGUACCACUUAUGUCCUGCUGAAUCAGUGCUUUAGUUUAGUCAGUACUCUUAACAAUGGGACUUUUGGGUGCUCUGUAAAUAUAGCAAAAUAUUGUACAUUUAACAUAUCCAGUAAUGGUGGAUCUGUGGUACAGAGUUCUGUAUUUUUUCCAAAAGAGUUUCCACACCAAUUAUAUUUGUUAAAAAAAUAUUAAUUAUCUUAAGUUAUUUUUCCUGUUUUCAUGUUGAGAAGAGGGUCUCUACAGACUGUCUUCUUUGCAAUACUGUGUUAAACCCAAAUACCACUUAAAUCAGAUUUGUUUGUAUAGCUCUUUAUCAUAUCCAAAUAUAUGUUCUUCUCAAAAACGCUGCGUGUCAUUUGUUAUGAUUCAAAGCUAUCUAUGUGCAUGACCAUUAACGUCACAGAAACAAUAAGCAGACAUGUAAAGCAAUACUGGAAUCAUUGUUUUGUAGCCAAUUUUUAUGCUGCUUUCAGUUACUGAUAAUGGAGACGGUGCCUUUCCUUGCAGUUAUGGAUCAACCGGUGGGAUAUUUGUGCUGAACUUUAAUAUAUUUCAAACUGGUUUCAGAGACUGUAAUGUAAUAAUAAAUCAUUCAUAUUGGAAAGAAUAAAGAUUUAU